UGGUAGUUUCGUCGGAGCAUAAAGUUCACUUCGCAGACCCGAACCCGACCUGUCAGUCCGUCAGAGGCAGCGUAGCAGGAGAGAAGAGUGUUUUUUUUUUCGCCGUCGCCCACAGGUUGAAGUGAAAGAAGGGAAAGAAAAGAAAAAGCAGGAAAAAAGUAAAACCUCAUCAUAAUCAUCAUCCCAGUUUGCGGUGCGUUUUCCCUGUAGCAAAUUUUGACCCAGGUUCCAGCUGACAGCAAUCCCGUUCCGUCGCCGUCGUGUAAAUUCCGCGUGAAAUCGUCUAAAUUCGAGUGACUCCAGACAGAGGCAAAAUGUCACACCAAACCGGAAUAAAAGCCAAUGCCGAGCUGCUCAAGUUCUUCGGCAAGUGCAAGGACGGGAAAACUCGAGUGCUCAAAGUUUCUAUCGAGAAUGAGGAGCUCGCCCUGGUGGACCACAAGCCGGUCAAGAAAGACUUUGAGAAGGAUUACGACGCGUCGAUAAAGCCGCUGAUAGAAGACGACACUCCGUGCUAUAUUCUGUACCGCUUGGACUACAAAAUUCCCACCGGGUACGCGUGGAUGCUGAUCAGCUGGGUGCCGGAGGCGGCCACCGUACGGCAGAAGAUGCUGUACGCGUCCACGAAGGCCACGCUCAAGCUGGAGUUUGGCUCCGGUCACAUCAAGGAGGAGUUGAACUGCACGGCCAAGGACGAAACGACGCUGCAGGGCUACCAGCGGCACAAGGUCGAGUUUAGUUCGCCGGCACCGUUGACCAGCCGGGAGGAGGAACUGGCGGAGAUACGGAAGAGUGAGGUGAAGACGGACUUUGGCAUCGAUACGAAGCAGCAAACGCUCGGUGGAAUCAAUUGUCCGAUUUCGGAGUCGGCUGCUGCGGCGUUGAACGACAUGCGACGCCGGGCGUACAAUUAUCUGCAGUUCCGGAUCGACCUGGAGGAGGAAAAGAUCCACCUGGUGAGUGCGGCCAACAUCGACUUGCUCAAACUGCCCGGCCAAAUUCCGACGGACCACGCGCGCUACCAUCUGUAUCUGUUUACGCACGAGUACGAGGGCGCACACCUGGACAGCAUGGUCUUUGUGUACUCGAUGCCCGGCUACAGCUGCUCGAUCCGGGAACGCAUGAUGUACUCGAGCUGCAAGGGACCGUUUUCCGCGACGAUCGAACGGCACGGCAUCGAAAUCGCCAAAAAGCUCGAAAUCGACUCCGGCACCGAGCUGACCGAGGAGUUCCUGUACGAGGAGAUUCACCCCCGCAAGCUGAACCUGCGGCCACAGUUCUCCAAGCCGAAGGGACCGCCCAGCCGGGGCGCGAAAAGACUGACAAAGCCGCAAGCCGUCGAGUGAAUUGACGAUUUAAACCAUUUUUUUCCAUGGUUCUUUUGACUAAUUUAGUAGCUUUGUGUGAUUGUAUUUUUCGCUACUAACAAAAAUCACUCAACUUGUCGUUAUACUGAGCAUUUCUUGCCCCCAACCCUGCAAUCUUCCAACUUUCUUUGAUUUUUACACACUUAAAGAAGACAAAAAAAACGUUAGUAAAUUUGCGUGUAUUUUUAAAACCGUUUGUGUGUAUUUUACCAAUCGACCUGACAAAAAUGCACGAUAAAAACAUCCACAAAGCGCAGGGAAAGCAUUGUAAAAUUUUACACUCGAGAUCUCGGAUGCUUACAUUAUUUUGUUUGUAUAAUAAAGAAGCUUAAAGGUAGAAUUCGCACCGCGAAGGAAAUGUUCAUACAUCAUUAACAAAAACAACAACAACAACAACACAUGAGAUUACGAGGCUGAAAUAACGCGCCGGGGAGAGGGUAAACAGAAAAAAA